CUUGUCCAUGCAGAGUUACAUCAGGAAAGGAGACCAAAAGAAUCACAUGUAAACAACUAAAGAGAUCAAGAUAUAGUCUUGUACUGUAAUUAUGUAUACAAGUGUGUGAGUGUGUGUCAGAUUUGGAAGUGUUUCUUUUUCAUCAUGGGUCUGAAAAACAGGAGAUUCUCCCUGGACAGCGCUGUAAGUCUGGAUGGAGGACUCAGUGCAAGACGAGGCAGCAGGUUUCCUAUUAAGAAAUCCAAACAGAGCCAGUCUCUGGAUGACGCCCGGCAGGAGAUCCAGGAGCUAAAUCAGAGCCUCAACAUGUCCCUCAGGGAGCAGACCAUAACGGAAGAGAAUCCUGAGCGAUCAGAUGGGUCUAUCAACAGACAAAGCUUCUCAAAGCGCAAUAAAAGCUUCCACAAGCUGUUUCCAGAGAUUCCUGAGGAGGAGAACCUGACACACACGUUCACCUGUGCCUUGCAGAAAGAGGUGCUUUAUCAUGGAAAACUCUUUGUUUCCGAGAACCACGUGUGUUUUCAUUCCUCCGUGCUGCUCAAAGACACCAAGGUGGUGAUUCCUCUUUCCAGCGUGAGGGAGGUGAAGAAACAUAACUCGGCGCUGUCGGUGCUGUCUAUUCACUCUGCUGAUGGAGAGAAGUAUUCGUUUGUGUCUCUGAGGAACCGUGAGAUGUGCUGCAAACUCCUCCACAGCAUCUGUUUACUUGCACAGGAGGAGAGUGCAAACAGCAGCCCUCAUCCCUCCUCUGCGGAGAACGAAGCUGAUCAAGAUGUGGCGUCCAGUUUUUCCAGCCUGGAGGACUGUGGAGAUCACGAUUUCAGCAACAUCGAUAUUGACAGCAGCUUUCCUCAAAUGUCCAGUGAAGGUCCAUCAAGAAGCAAUUCCACUCGCCACAGCAGCUUAAUAGAUGAAGACUGCAAAGAUGGAUCGUGGAUUUGGGGGGUAACUGACAGAGUCACGCCAUUUUUCUUCUUCAAAGAAAGCAGGGAUCUCAGCUUUUACGUCUACAUCUUCAUCCUGCUACUUGUGUUACUCCUGUUGGCGUCUGGGUACAUCGGGCUAAGGAUCAUAGCCCUGGAGGAGCAGCUGAACUCUAUGGGAGCCCUGAACGAUUUGUCUUCUUACCACAGAGAGUACCAAGAGAAUUAACCAGAGGCUCUACGCCUCUGUUAAGAUCCUUCUGUGCACUGAUCCAUAGCUAGACAUGCUCCAUCCAGACAACAAGUCUCUGUCCAUCCAACAUACGUCUGCCAGUGAAAGGUUUUGACCAAACAAAUUUCCAAUAUUGCACACAGCAAGUCCCCUCACAGUAUAAAAUGAAACCUCUGUGUCAGCACGAUGUUCUACAGAGAAUGCAGGUCAGCAUGAAGAUGCUUUUGGGAUGUCAGAACCAGGCCACACGUGGUGAACUACAUGGAUGAGUGAUUGUGCUGGCAGAGACUCAUCAGGACGAUAUUUUCUGUUUGGAGCACAUGGAUUCUCUGCUGACUGAUCAAAAAGUGCAGGGAGGCUCUCCUGCACAGAGCCAUAUGGAGGCAGCCUGCUGGAGCCAUGUUUAUUUCCUGGCCGGUGAACAGCUGAGCUCAGCUAGCAGAAGUUGCUGGCGUCUUGGCUGUCAUUUUCUUGGACCAGCACAGUCUGCAACAGUGAGGACAUGCUGGAGUCGAUCUUAACGAGAUUAUAACAGAAGCACUUUGUCUUUGAUUUUAAAUUAUUUUUAUAUAUUUAAGGGUUUACAUUGUGUAAGGUGACUGCUGGAAUGUGGGUGCAUCGCUUUAGAAAAAGACUGUUAAUGACAAUAAUCAGCCAGCAGAGGGCAGCAACUCCUAUUAAAUUCAAGGCAGGGUUUGGUUCAACUGCACUCAACUGUACAUGCACAAAAAAUUCAGGGACUGAGGUUGCUUUAGCAUAAAAAUGUUACAUAACUGUUACUGCUGCUGACCUUUUGCCCUAAAAAUAAAUAUUGGAGAAUGCAUUACAUUCAGGGUUUGUGCAUAUUUUUGGCCAACAUUUUUCAUUAAACCAAUUUUUAUGAUCAAAUUUAGGACAGUUUGUUUAAAAAUGAGUGUUGUGAUAUGCCAGUAUUGAAGGUAAAUGUGAUAUUAUUGUACAUAAUCCAGCACCGGUAACAUUGACACUGCAACACAGGAAUGAAUAAUACAGUUACACAUUCUCUGUUCACCUCCUAACAGUGGUAUUUUCAGUGCGAUUCAGUGAACAAAAAAAGAGACAAAACACACAAUAAACAAAGUUAAUAAUGAA